AUUUUAUAAACAAAAUUCACAUUUUAUUUGUUAUUUAAUUUAUUUAAUAAUAAUAAUAAUUGUUUGGAUUUAGUUUUGUUUGUCUCGAAAUUUUGUUGAUCUAAUUGUUUAACUUAUUGUCUUCUUCUUCAGCAAUGAUCAGAUCAGUUGUCGUCUCUGGAUGUCUACGACAACGACGUGUGUCUCAAUUGAGGACCAAAUGUUUGACAAAAAACCUAUUAAUCUGUCGCCAACUUUUGAGCACUUCUUCAUCGGACGACAAAUCUACUGAAGAAUCGGUCACUAAUGAACUCUUGAAGAAUGAUAUGAUGAAGAAGAAAUCAAGUCCUCAACAGUCGACAACAACAGCUAAUGACGAUCCGAUUCAGUCUUUUGCCAAAGCGUUUGAAAAGUUUACUCAAAUGUCCAAAGAGUCGGACAAACGACGAACAAAUGUGACGACAACUGAACCGUCGGAACCGUUUCCUACACUUCUUCGAUAUUCACCAUUCAUUCAGAUGGGAGAUCCCGAAGGAAAGGUAGUUAUCGGUCGUAUUGUUGAUGUCGUCGAAGACGAUCUUUACAUUGACUUUGGAGGCAAAUUCAAUGGUGUCUGCAAACGACCCAAAGUUAAUCCCAAUUAUUAUGUCAGAGAAGCCAAAGUUAAAAUUCGUAUCAACGACUUGGAAAUAUCCGACAGAUUUUUGGGAUCAACUAAAGAUAUGACUUUAUUGGAAGCAGAUAUCACACUAUUAGGUCACGUUUGGUCACCGGCAGCGACAAUGAAUCAGCUAAAGAGUGACCAAUUAAGUGGAGACAUCAUUUAA